AAAAAAACAAAAAACAAAAACAAAAAAAACCCAUAAGCACAAAUAUUUAAAACUCUGAUGACAAAUUGUUUUGCCGGGUGACAAAGAUGUUACCAAAUUAAUAAUUCAGGGUGACGAUGAAAAUACCCUAGGCGGUUGGGAGCCUCAGAUUUUGGGUCUAGAGCUCACGAAUACAGGAAAGGUCGUUGGGAGGGAACGGGAGGCGUGGGUUGAAUGCAGGCUCCCUCUGCACGCUGGUGCGCCCUGGUCCAGUCAGAAAGGUCCACAGCCGGAUCUCCGCCCCUGCCAGGCAGACCUCCCGGAAGCUCUACCGAUAGUUUACUUCCUGUUCCGCUUACUCUUCCGGUCACCAUGGCGACAGAGCGCCUUGGGGUUGGGGAGACGCUGGAGGCCCUCAACGCAGCUGUAGGGCCUGGUAACCCGGUGUGGUUCAAGGAGACGCAUGCCCGGCACCUGCGUGUCCGAGACUUCUUGGCACCGCGCAGGGCGCUGCAGGCGCGCUUCAGGGAUGGUCAGGUGCCGGAGUACGUGCUCCGUGCGGUCGCCGGCCUGCAGGGGCCGGGAGUGGCCCCUGUCCUGCGCUGCGCGCCGACACCCGCGGGCUUAUCGCUGCAGCUCCAGCGGCCCGCAGUCUUCGAGCGUGUGCUCGGUGCUCUGGCCGCCUACGCUGCUCCCGUCAAGCCCGCCUCGCCAGGCCGGAGAGUCGUCCUACACUGCCCAGCACUGCGCUGCAACCCGGACACACUCCGCCUGAGCCUGCUGCGUGCUGUGCUCGUGGCCGAUCACCUAGCGCGGACCCUACGUGCUCGCGGGGUAUGUGUGUGCCUAGUGCCCCCGGUGCGGGACUCGCACAUGUCAACUUUCCUGCAGAAACUUCAGGUGGACUGGCCCACUGCCUCGAGGAGCACCUCCACCGAAACACUGAGAACCUGUGUGCUGGCAGAACUCAACUCGAAGGAGGAAACACUGCCCCCUGGCGUCCUAGGCCGACUGUGUCUGAAGGAACUGGUAGAACAGAGACUUGCAUUGGGCUAUGACCCCAGCAUAGACGACUGUUUGGUGACUGAGGAUCUGCUCGCUGUGCUGUCUGAGCUGCAGGAGACUGUGCGCCAUUGGCCAGAGGGUGGCCACCCAGGCCUGGUUGGAGAUUCAGAUGCUGGUGUAGACGGCUGUAUGGUUGUACACGUGGUGAGCUGUGAGGAGGCAUUUCAACAACAAAAGUUGGACCUGCUUUGGCAGAAGUUGGAUGACCAGGCUCCUCAUGAGCAGAAGCACCUGGUCUGUGGUCCAGUGAAAGUGGCUGGUGUACCUGCCACCCUGAUGACGGCCCCGGACUACUACAAGCUCAGACAUGCUCAGGUGUGCAAGGCCUCAUCACUGAAGCAUGGUGAGGAUCUGGCACAAGACCCAGCUUGGAUCAAGACCUUUGAUGUCCUCUGUGUGGCCACCAUCAAAUUUGAGAUGCUAAGCACUGCUCCGCAGAGCCAACUCCUCCUGGCUGACAGCACCAUCUCCACGAAGGGUACAAAGAGUGGCACUUUUGUCAUGUAUAACUGUGCCCGCCUUGCCACACUCUUCGAGGGUUACAAACAUGGAGUGGAACAAGGUCUGUACCCGGCCUUUCCGCCUGUGAGCAGUCUGGAUUUCUCACUGCUGCGUGAUGAGGGCGAGUGGCUGCUGCUUUUCAACAGUGUCCUUCCCUUUCCGGAUCUGCUAAGCCAGACUGUGAGCCUGGCCAGCACCCCAGGGCUCCACAUCCCUGUUCGCACGGAGAUGGUGUGCAGGUUCCUGGUGCAGCUGAGCAUGGACUUCAGCUCAUACUACAACCGAGUACACAUUCUCGGGGUGAGCAUACAGCAAAAGGGUUUCUGCGGGAAAUGUUGGGCACACAGGGUAAAGACGAGGGAAACAAGAGGACGAGCCUGGUUCCUCUCCUUCCAGGAAGCUCGGCCCCACCUCUUUGGUCAGAUGUUUGCCCGCCUACAGCUUCUGAGGGCAGUACGCGAGGUGUUCCACACAGGCUUGGCUAUGCUGGGCCUCCCUCCGCUGAGCUACAUCUAAGGCCCAACAGCAAGGAAUGUUUACAAAAUCGACUGGGGAAAAAACAGAACCUCAUAGAUGUUGGGCGCUGAAAGCCAAAAUAAAUACAAUUUCAUCCUGUUGUA